AUGUGGCGUCAGGUUGCCGCGAUACUUGUCAUCGGCUGCAUAAGAACAGGGAGUGGGGCUCCUGCCGAAGGGGACAACAGCCAGCUGCACACUGCUGCAACAAAUGCACUGUUUCCCGGCGGUGCUAGCGUGCUGCCGCUGCCUCUGCCACUGGGGCCUGCAUACAACGUCUCAAAUUUCCGGGCCUUUGUCAAUGUCACAGUCAGCGCUUAUGCUGAUGGGCCGGCCAGCAACUUCGCAGUCAAUGUCAGCACGUUGAGCGACCUGGUGAAUCUGCUGGGGCAGCUUUACUAUCCCCAGGGCAUCCUCUUUGAGGUGCUGUCCAUGGUGCCCGCAAAUUCCAAUGAUUCAAUGGUUGAUUGCACAAUCCCGCGCGCGAAUGGGAAGAUGGGCGUCUGUGUCAGCAUGCUGGUGCUCUUGCUGGAUGACACCCGGACGCCGUUUGUCAUGUCGUCCCUUAACAAUGUGGAUGUGGCUGCUGGGAAAGCAGCGGCAAAAAACACGAUGUCCUGGGUGUUUACUGAGAUGUUCUCGCGAGUCGGGGGUCUUCUUGAAUGGCAGGAAGUGGCACAGGCAGACGUUCUGCACCCGCCACUGCUGCAGCCUAUUUUUUCCUUUUGGUCGCCCAUCCCCACGCGCACCCGAACCAUCACCGCCCAGCUGCAGGGAAAUCAGAUCCUGCCCUUCCCAGCCUACCAGGAGCAGGCCACCUUGGGGGCCAUCAAAAGCACGCUCUCCAACGUUGCCAUAUUCGUCUCCCUGAGCGCUGCCAUCCCCUCAACCGCAGCUCCUGGGCGCAAGCUGCUGGCGUCGAGGGCUGUGCCCUACGUCAACAUCACAUACGACUUUGACUGCUUUGCCAGCCUCUCUCUGCCCACAACAGUGGCGGAUUGGCAGGUGCUGUCUCCGCAGCUCCUGAAGAGCCUCCAGCUGGCAGGGGUGCCAGUAGAUGCUGUGCAGGUUGUGUCAGUAAACUUCACGACGCCAGCUGAUCUUAUUGCGGCGCAAGCGGCAGCGGCGGCGACGCCGCCUCCGCCGGGCCAAUCGGACGCUGACAAAGCGCUGACUAACUCGGUUGCGGCCGCCGUCGACCUGACCAAGGCCCUCACGGACUCCAUGUCCAAGACGCUGCAGGCCCUGGGUUACUCACCCUCGACCGCGCCAGGUGCUCCUAUGGCAGUCCAGAGCCCGCCGCAGCAGGCUGCCGCCACGCCAAGGAGCCCCCAGAGCCCUGCAGCUGCUGCCGCCACUGCCGUUCCAGCAACACCGUCCGCAAUCCCGGCACCCGCAGGUGGGAACAGUGCUGAGCCGGGACGCCAUGGCGAAGGGGGCAAAAUGCCGUUGGGGCUCAUUGCCGGGUUAGCUGCGGGCGUUGUAGCUGCACUUGCGCUUGCGUGCCUGGCUGUUGGCAUCUUCAUGCACAGGAGGCGCAAGCAAAGAAAGGAGGAUGCAGCUAUGAAUGAGGUCAACAUCAACAACAACCUGGACCCUUACCAUGGCCUCAACCUGAACAGCAACAAGACAACGGACAGCGCACCUAAGAGCAACGGCGGGUUUGACAGCAGCAGCCUCAACUACCCGUUCCUGGAGAGCCGCCGCAGCAGCCGGGGCGGCCCCUUCAGCGGGGACGGCUCCCUCGGCGCGGGCGGCAGCAGCAGCAGGAGCUCCGGCCUGGGCACCAGCCUGCUUGCCGGCGGCCGCACAGCCAGCUCCGGGAGUGGCUCCAGCGACGCCAUGAAGCCCCCUCCAGGCUACACACCGGCAGCGUCCAUCAUAGCGCCUCAGGACCUGACCAUCUGCAAGAAGAGGGACGGCUCCGACUGGCUGCUUGGUCAAGGCACCUUUGGCGCGGUGUACAAGGCCAUGAGGAGGCACGUGCAGGAGUGUGCAGUGAAGGUGCUCAAGUGCAUCAACGAUGACGAGCUGCUCAGCUUCCAGCGGGAAGUGUACAUCAUGCAGCAGUGCAGCUUUGACAGGAACAUCGUGCAAUUCUACGGGUUCUGCGUCAGCCCGCCAAUGCUGGUCCUUGAAUUCAUGGAGGGCGGGGACAUGUGGUCGGCUCUGCGCGGAGACUCGCGGGACGAGCUGCAGUGGUACAACAAGGGCCGCGCCCUCGCGCUCGACGUGGUGCACGCGGACAUGAAGACGAAGAACAUUCUGCUGUCGGCGGGACGCAUGACGGCCAAGAUAGCGGACGUGGGCCUGGCACGCUUCAUGGCACACACACACAUGGACACCAAAUCUCUGCCCAUGGGCACAUUCGUCUACGCCGCCCCAGAGCUGCUCCUGGGCAAGCGCUCCGACCACAAGGUGGACAUAUACAGCUUUGGGAUUAUUCUGUGGGAGCUGGUGACGCUGAUGACUCCGGCGCGCGGCAACCUGCGGCCGGUGCGUGUGCCCGAGGAGUGCCCGCCCGACGUGGCGCGCCUCAUCGAGGACUGCCUGGAAGCCAACCUGCCCGACAAACGGCCCACCGCCUCUGUCAUUUACGACCGCCUCAUGGCCAGCCCGGUAACUGUGGAGGAGGCCAUGGAGCAAGUGGCCAACCCCGAAGCGUACGCAGCGGCGCUUGCCCUGGCAGACGUGGGGCCAUCCGGCUCUGGCGAGACCACCUUCCACACUGCUAUGCAUGCAGACCGUGAUGACCUGCCCUCCACAGCCAACGCCGGCAGCUUGCAGUCUGGGCCAUGGAACAGCAAGGACUUCAAGAGCGGCGAGCCCAAGACCGACUGCUCAGACGACCGGUUCAUCAGCGCGGGUUCCGAUUGGAGCGCGGACACAGCAAACGUGGACAGCUGGGGCCGCCAGUCCGGCCGCGCGUCCAGCGACACCGAGCGCGCCGCUUUGACCGAGCACUCGCUCUCCACCGACCUGUACGUCGAGAGCGAGGAGCUCGAGGCGGAGGAGGAGCAUCGGCGGCUGCUGCGCGCGGCAGACGCAAUCAUUGAGGAGGAGAUCGAGCGCGGGGGGAUCUCCAGCGAUGCUGAUGAGGACGCUGAGUCGGACGAUGACUCAUCCAGCACCGCCAGCGACGCCUCCUCCGAGGCCCUCGCGCUCGCGGUGGCCGCCCACGGAGAGGACCUGGACGAUGACAUUGAUAGAGAAGAGGAAAGCAGGGGCGGGGGGUCCAGCCGGCGCAGAGGUGGUGGAGGGGGUUUGAAGAAGCAGGGCAGCGUGCUGGCGCCGGCUUUCAGCAAGGGGCUGACGCGGCUGGCGAGCCUGCUGCCCCGGCGGGACGGCCAGCGCAGCGCGACCGCCUCCGGGGGCGCGGCGCCUGGGGAAAGAAGGGGCAUGCUGCCCGGCAUGGGCAGCCUGCGCGCCUCCUUCAUGGGCGGCCCCUCUCUGGGCCUGCCCAAGGAUGACUCCGACGAGGAGGAGGAUGACAGCGGGCGGGAUGUCGGGCCGAUGCCAUCGGCGGCCCUGCCGCAGCGGCCCAAGCUGGCAGAGCCGGCGACGCCCGCGGGGCAGAUGGAGACGCGCCCGGCAUUCGCGCGCUCCAAGCUGUCCACCACCAGUGGAUCCGUGUCCUCUGUAGCAGACUCCCCCGCCCCAUCCCCGGCCCCCUCACGCGUCCGCUUCAGCUCCCAGGUGGUCGAUGACGAGGGGCCGCGCGAGCUGUCGCCGAGGUCCUCGCGCCAGACGCAGCCGUCCGGCUACCUGGCAAGCGCGGAGCUCUCGGCCGCGCCUGCGCCGGCGCGCGUGCCCCGCCGACCCACCCGCGGCGCCCUCAAGCACUCCGCGGCCGCGGCCGCCCAGCAGCCACCGCCUGCAGAACAUGACGCAGCAGCCUUGAACGCACCCAGGCGCGCCCCUGCAGAGGGAAAUGGCGUGCAGGGAGCGCCAGGAAAGAAGGAAGAGACGAAGAAGGACCCCACGCAGGCAUGCCUCUCAACUCGAAUCCCUGAAGCGCUGGUCAGCAACUUCUGGGAGGCGGCGGCCAGCCGCGGAUUUGAGUCCAGCCUGGGCUCGGAGACGAGCGAGGACGGCCAGAAGGCACAGCCCGCCCCGUCCAAGGAGGCGGUUGCGCCAGCCGCUCAGCAGAAGGGGCCGGCAGCCUCGGGAACGCCCUCCAAGACCGUGGAGGUGACCAAGGUGCCCAGCGCGGCGCCUCCGCCCAUCCACGCCGCCGCCAUGGACUUCUGGCGCACCGCCGCAAGCACGUCCGCUGACGAGGACCACAAGCCCAGGAGCGCGCCGGCGAAGAUCACCGAGCAGCGCGCGGCCCCGCCGCCGAAAGCCGAGCUCGCAGAGAUCCGCCCCACACAGGCGCCAACGCCCAGCACCAACCUGGCGGCCAACCGCUUCUGGCAGGCGGCCGCGCAGGACGCGUACGGCGACUCAGGGAGGAGUGACUCAGGGGGCCACGAAGGCAUGCAAGCUUCAGCGCUAGACGGGCACGGCGAGUCAGGGAGGCAGCACAGCGGCGGCCGCACAGGGCACGGCGCAGAGGCGGACGAGCCCGCCCCAGCGCAGAAGGAGCGGGAGGCGGCGCGGGGCUCGGGCCUGGCGGCUGCCGGGAAGCAGCAGUCGGCGCGGCUGGCAGCGGUGCGGCUGCGGCAGGCGGCGGCCGUGCGCAACACCUCGCUCGCCAUGGUCAAAGCCGGCAAUGUGCCCCUCAGCUCCUCCGCAUCCAUCCGCUCCUCCGCCCUCCGCGCCGCCACCGACAGCUCCGACGGCGGCUCCGGCCGGCUCGGCGGCACGUCGGCCAACGGCAGGGCUCUGUGGCAGCGAGCGAGCCAGGCCGCGCUGAGGGGGUCAUCGCCACCGCAUGACGGGCAGCCGGACAGCCCACAGGAGGCGUCCCCACAAGGGGCGUCCCCUGUCGCCCACCGCCGCACAUCGGCCGGAGCAACGCGGUCGUUCUGGGUGCGCGCCAGCGACGCCGGCCUCGGCCGCCGCAGCACCCACCCGCAGCCGGUCCUCGCCGCCGCGAGCUCCGUGCCGGCAAAGUCCGCGGCCGACAGCAUGCGCAGGCGCUCCUCCGACCCCCGGGGCCACACUGUGAGCGCUGCGCGCGCAGCCGCGGACCGAUCGGCGCCCGGCAGCGGCAUCGGCUCCUCGGGAUCUCUGCACCCCUCGCUGGACACCCUGGCAGGGGUCAGCCGAGAGGGCAGCGUCGGCAGCUCGGUGCUCAGCCCCUUCAACUCGGUCCUGCCGCCCGUGAAGGUGCGGAUUCAGGAGGAGGGGAGAUCGCUGGAGGCAGAGCGCGCCGAUGAGGAGCUGGCGCAGCAGCUGUUCCGGGCUGCGCAGGCGCGGCGCAGCCAGGAGAGCACCAAGACCGCAGAAUGGCUCAAGUACUGAGGGGAUUUCGUUAUAAGUGUGAUGUUGUAAGUGUCACUCCAGGCUGCUUUCUGCUGCACCUGGUGAACGGCAUGUGGUAUGCUGGCAAUUUUUCGGUCGCACGAGUGGUGACAGAGAGCAACCUGACUUUUUAUAUCUUUGGCUUAAUUCCUUUCGGCUGGCGUUGGCGUGGCAAUCUGUCAGGCCUGCUCACACUGCAGCCGGGCGCUCCUGUCUUCAGGAGCGGGGCAGGAUUAUCUUUAUUUCAGGACCAUGACUGGUCAGACCCUGUGCUUUUUGUGCUGUUGACCCAUUCUGCCAGAAAUGCAUGUCCUCGCCUCACGGUUGCGUGAUGAGCCAGAAGCAAAAAGUGAAACUUCUGGCCAGGAAUUUGGUACUGCAUUCAACCUGAAUUUCUCCCCCAUUAGAGGGCUUUUGGGAGGGUGCCGCAGGGUCUCUGCGGCACAGGGAUUUCGAAGCUUGGUGUCCUGUCACAAUGUUUGUGUCAGCAGACCAAUUUUUUUUCUAGGAAGGCUUGUCUUGCAAGGGUCGCAAAGCCAAAAUGCUCCCAUCCGUGGUAUACUUUUGCGGCGACCUUGCAGACUGGGAGGGCGCUAUGACUAAAUGUAUAUAGACGUUAUGUUGUAGAAUUUGAGCGCCUAUGCAUGCGCUUGUUCUACAGAGCAUCUCAGAACAGAUUUCUUGCCGAGAUUCCAGCAAGAUCGAUUGUCUGUCUGGCUGCUCUUCUUAUCGGUCACAGCAACAUUGCAGCAUACUGGCAUCCUUGAUCUAGAUGCACGGUCUAGAUUAUUUCAGACAUUUCAUUCAAUGUAAUAAGGCGUGCAUG